AGAACUAAAAUAGUUGUUACUGUGUAUUUCUGCUUUCAGUUCAGUGUUUUUUUGGUGCUGUUUACUGGCAGCACUUGCAGCAUCACAUCCUGUCACGUACACAAGAAAAACAUCCUCAUCUAGUCACAUGACAAUUGUCUUUUCACUGGCACUCCUUGAUCAUUAACACACACAGUAUGUGCUUCUUUCUCUGUUGAGUAGUGAGCAAACCCUUACUGUGAUGUUCCAGUUGAACAAACUGACCUUCACAAAGGCAGCAGCUUCACUGUUUUGUUUUACAUGACAUCAUCGAAGAAAUCUAAGGAGUGGUAGAUUGAAUCAGGGGCAGGGCUUCAUUUCUUUUCUUUCGGUUUCACUUACUCCUUACUUACAAUGGAGACUGAACGGCAGAAGCAGAGAAAAGAAGAGUUUCUGAAACAGCAAGAAUUUUUCAGAACAAAUGCUGUCUUGAUUAUCAAUGAAAUGGUGAAAAUGCGUAAAGAGGAAAUAGAGAGGACAGAAGCUCCUUCUCCAGCAUCUCCUUUAGUGGAUGAGUUUCUUCACAGCAUCUUCUUUUUGGGAAAAAUCAACAAUCCAGAAUUUUCCCCAGAAUGUAUUCUGGAUGAUGACGACAUACUGUUGAAGGAGUUGAAGGACAACUACCCUCAGCCUUUUGUUCUCUGUUCUUCUCAAGUACCCAAGCGGAGUCCAAUGUCAUAUGUGCUCAACAUGAUUGUCAAUCUGAUGGGACAAGAGAAUGAAGACACAAUAAUAAAAAGGCUGUGUGAGUUCACCAUUAAACUGAAGCCGGGUAAAACAAAGCAUCUGGUCUCCUCCACCGUCUGUGUCUCCCAGAAAAAUUCAGACAGGUACUAUGGAGUCUCCAUGUCCACUUCUGGGCCUAUUCCUGGGCGAAUCAUGAUUGCUGCGUCUUGUCUUAGCACCUGGGACAGUAAUGUCGCUGGUGCAGUGAUGACCUACUAUCCAGAGAAUAAAGAGAAGACAAAGAAGACAUAUUUUGAUGGAACCAUUAAACUUCCAGAGGAGGUCAGGUGUCAGGCGUUUAGCUUAAGUCAUCGAAAAGAAAUGCCUCCUUGCAGAUCAUGUGGGAAUUUGUUUGGUUUGACAACAAGUGAAAAUAGGGAGUGGCCCUAUGGCCACUGUGCCGAAGCUGAAAGUUUGAGCAACUUUUUUAAAAAGAAGGACGAAGUGAGAGAGCAAGCACAGCCAGAAUCAGAUGAGAACAGGAAAAUGGCUACAGAGAGUGUCUUGAAAGAACUUAUAAAACUUCUGAAUAUGCAGAAAUUUAAAUGGGAUAGACAUUUCUACACCCUACAAGUUUGAUCUUUGGGGAGUUCUUACGGUCCAUUAUUAUAAAGUGACAAAAUCAUUCUUAGUAAGAUAUGAAUGCAUUCAUGGCAGAAUCACAAAGCCAGAUGUCUGUUAACUGUUUGAAUGAAGCAGGCAGAAGAUGCAAAUGUUGAUGUAUUGAUCAUGUUAUUCACAAUAAAUUAUGGUGGUGUAAA